AUGCCUACACGCUAUGUGUCUGUACCAGACGAAGAGGCCAGGCCUCGUCCACUUAGAGUGGAAGUGAAAAACUACUCCGGUAAGGAGGGUGAGAACCUCAUCCUCUGGAUCCGUGAGAUCGAGAUGGCCAUGAGAUCAGGUCUGAUCACGCUUGACCAUCAACAGGUCUCGCUGGAUAUCUCGAAGCUCGAUGGUAGAGCUAGAGAAUGGGCCUUGACGUGUAGCACGUCGGUGGACAUAGCGUUUCCCACAUGGGAGUCGCUCAAGUCACAAUUGGUACAGGUGUUUUCUCCACCUAACCAGGCUCACCGCGUGCGUUCACGCUUUCUUUCUACCCGCCAGGGUAAGAAUGAACUAUCGGACUAUGUCCAAGAGCUGCGAACGCUCAUGGCUGCAAUGCAGUCUGACCCUCUGCAUGGAGCAAACCAUGACUAUCUUCAUGGAAGGUCUACGUACUGGCAUUGCCAGAACCGAGGUUUUUCGGGUUCACCCCUCUACGUUUGA